CGAGAAAAUGUACCGGUCCACCAAAGGAGCGUCGAAGGCUCGGAGAGAUCAAAUCAACGCAGAAAUUCGCACAUUGAAGGAUCUUCUCCCCAUCUCCGAUGCUGACAAAGCUCGGCUCUCGUAUCUUCACAUCAUGUCCCUUGCCUGCAUUUACAUAAGAAAGUCCGUCUUUUUCUCUCAAGCGGCACGUCAUGAUGUGGGCGCCCUGUCUUUGCCGGAACUCUCGGAGCUCGUGCACACGUUACCGGGAUAUCUGCUCGUGCUGACGAGUGAAGGAAAACUCCUGUAUCUUUCGGACAACGUCGCAGAGCACCUCGGCCAUUCCAUGGUGGAUCUGGUCGCUCAGAAUGAUAGCGUGUAUGACAUUAUAGACCCAGCCGACCACUUUAUAAUGAGAGGCAACCUUGUGCCAGUCACCACAACUGAUACAGACCGCCUCUUUCGUUGCCGAUUCAGCACUUCAAAGUUUGUGAGGAGGCAGGGAUCAGGGAACAAACUGACGCUGGUACGAGCGCGCUGCCUGCCACCUCCCUUCCACGCUUCCUCCUACUGGACCUCCAACCCAGUGUGGGUGUGUUUUUGCUACCCCCUGGAGUCCCAUGUUCCACAUCUUUCUUCAACCAGUAACCCUCUUCCCACCCCACCUGCUGAGCAGUCAUUCCUCCUGGCCUGUUUCCAGUCACAGCACAGCCGAGACAUGAGAAUCCAUGCUGCUCAGGACAGUAUAAGCAUGUACCUUGGUUAUGGCAUAGAGACUCUGCGCUCCCGCUCGUGGUACAGUCUGAUUCAUCCUCGCGAUCUCUCCCAUGCAUCUGCACAGCACUGCGCCUUAUUGCAUGAGGGUGGUGAGAGGCAGGUGGAGAUGGUGGUCCAGGUAGAGGCAGCUGACCACUCAUGGGUCUGGCUUUACAUCGUUCUUCAUCUGGAGACUGGAGAAUAUCCCAUCAACAGCCACAACUAUGUCAUUAGUGAGUCUGAAGCUUGGUCGGUGCGUCAGCAGUUGUACUCAGAGCAGAACCAGCUGGCUCUCCUGUACCAGGAGGCAUCCCAGUGCUCUGACCCUCUGUCCAGCCCAGACCAGGUCUUCACGCCCAGCAGUAGUGGCCUGUCCUCCCAGUCCUUCGACUUCAGCUUCACCACGUCUGGCCGGAGCUCUUCUGAGGAGCUCACUAGUGCCUCUGGGCCAUCCAGCAUGGCACUUGGCACUGACCCCCUUCAUGGAUUUUCUCAGGAUGGAGAGAGCCACCUGCAACUGCACGGCAGUCACCAGAUGUGGCUUGCAGAAACCAGAGAGCAGUCAAAUAGAUCAUACAUGCCUGUUUCUUCUGAACAUCUGACCAACAUGAACAAUAUCCCAUCUAUUUCUUCAGUUCCCCAAACCCAAGCAGUGCCUCCACCCCUUCCUCCAUUCAAAUCUCCUAAGCGCCAGAGCUCAGAGGAGUAUAUCUGUACACCACCCUACACGCCUAGACUAGGAGGGGGAAGUUUCAUGUUUGGUGACGAGCCCUUUAAAUCAGACCAUAGCAAAGAAGGUAUUGGCGCUGCAGGUCAAAUGAGGCCAUCUAUGACCUCAGCAAAUCACUCAGCGCCCAUGUCUGCUGGUGUUGGGUCAACAGUGCCAGUUCAACACUGCCGCAAACGUCUUUAUGAGACAUUGCCUCCUACUCCCGAUAGCCCAGGGAGUGAUGAAUGUAUUAUCAUGGCAUUGCCAGAGAUCAGGGGACCUCUAUAUGUAGAUGUCCCUCAUUUCCCAUUUCAUGGUCCUCUGGAAGGCCUUUUAACCCCAGAGGCCUCACCCACUAAACAACCCUGUUUGAGUUUCUUCCCUCAGGUAAAAGACAUUGAGAGAGAGAGAAUGGAGAUCUCUCUCCUGGCUCAGUAUAUAAGCACUUUAGCUGAAGGUUUCUGUCACGACCACCCACAAGACAAAUCAGCUCCCCCUAAUCACAAAUUCACACACAAUCCCACUGUAUGUUUUGAGGGGCCAAACUGCUCUUUGUCUCACAUUGAUGUCUCUAUGUUUGAGGAGAAGGCAGUAGAUGGUGUCCCUCUUCCAAAUCUGUCAUCCACCUCCCCCGUACCUCCCUCAACUUACUCACCUUCAUCCUCACUCUCCUACACUCAGUGUUCCCCUCCUACCCUAAUAGGCUGCAGCUCUCCUGUCCACACACAGGAUGAGGUCAGUCUGAUUGGUGUACACCACCUCUGUAGCGUCCAAUCGACGUACUGUAAUUGCAUGGCAGAGGGUGGGCUGCAGGAAGCAGAGCGAACAGAUGAGGGAAAGGCUUUCACAGAGAGUGUGAUGGACAUGGAGAUGAUGUCUCCAGUGAUGUCCUUCACUGUCCAAGCCUCCCCAAGAUCCGCCUCAGCUCCAGGCCUUCCUGCCCUCACCCCUGCUCUGCCUUGUGCCCAGUCCCUCCUAGAGGAACUGGUCACCAUGGAACCUGUGUUUGGGGCUGCUGCCCCAAUGUCUCCUGCCAUGAGGCAACAAGCUGAGUUGUAUCAACUCCCUCAUCAAGAUGGACAUCAGAUCUUCUACCAAGAUGAAACCAGUGAUCACAUGUUUUAA